AUGGUCAACUGGAAAACGCAAGAAUCCACCGACCGUCUCUUCGCCAGCAUCGUCGCCGCCCAUCCCGGCUUAAAGUUGGACUACAACACCAUGGCCGCCAUGUUCGGGCAGGGCGCCACCUACGACGCCAUCGAGGGCCGCUUCCGCCGCUAUCGCAAAAUGGCCGAAGAGCUCAAAGCCGAAGCCCGCGCAAACGGACACACCGACGUUCCCCGCGGCCGCAACACGCCCUCCACCACCCCGCGUACCCCCCGCGGCCCGCGCAGCGGCAUCACCAAGCCCUCCUCCUCCGGCCGGGGCAAACGGGACGCCGUCGCCCGAAAUCUCGCCUCGCCCAGCAAGCGCGGUGCGUCCGCAAAGGGCCGCAGCUUGAUGGACGCCAUCUUCGUGGACGACAAUGACGAGGCGAUCCCCCGGCCGAAGCUGGAGCCCAAGACCGCCGCAGCGGCCAUGCUCGACGCCGACCUCGAAAUCAUCGACACCCCCGCCUCCAUCUCGUCCGCUGCCUCGACCGCCACCACGACUAAGGUCGAGACCCCUGAGAAUGUGCACAGCUUUGCGUCUGUCUUUGGCGCUGUCAAGCUUGAGGACGGUGGCAAUGGGAACGCCGUGUUCGACGAUGGGUCUGUCGCUCCGGCGGCGACCCCUGCGCCGAGCGCGGCCCGCGCCACCGUCGAGCCGGCCAGCAUGCCGCAGGACGUGUUUGGCCUCGAGAACUUCUAUUUUCCCAACCCGCCUGCGGGGUAUGAGCUCGAUGAUAUUUAUGGUGGGGCGGCGUAG